CUGAGACCCCCUCAACUUCCGCCACUGCAAACAUCCCGCCGCCACUCGCUCUUCGCUGCUCCGCGGUUCGACUUUCACUCUCCGCUGCUCUUUCUCUUUCUCUCCGUCGCUCUCCGUCACUGUCAUGUCUGUCAUGUCGUCGCGUCUGCCGCUGCCGCUGCUGCUGUUCGGUGGUCGCGCCGCCCCGCGCGCGCCGCGCUUGGCGCGAGGCGCUGCCGCGGGGGGGAGCGCGGAGACUCGGAGCGGGGAGCACGCGCAGCUGAGAAGCGCACUACGCAAGUUGAUUGAAAAGGAGAUUAAUCCUCACGUGGACAAGUGGGAGGCUGAGAAAAAAUUUCCAGCGCGACAGAUUUUCAAAACUCUGGGGGAUGCUGGCUUCCUUGGCGUAAAUAAGCCCACAGAGUAUGGAGGGCUUGGACUUGACUUCUCCUACAGCAUCGCGGUGGCCGAGGAAUUGGGCAGCAUCCGCUGUGGUGGAGUUCCCAUGGCGAUUGGAGUACAAACGGACAUGGCUACACCAGCGCUCGCAAGGUUUGGUAGCGAUGAGCUACGAAGAGAGUUUUUAGCGCCAUCUAUUGCUGGUGACCUGGUGGCAUGUGUUGGUGUGAGUGAGGUUACUGGAGGAUCAGACGUUGCAAGCAUCCACACGAAGGCGGAGCGCAAGGGGGAUGAGUAUGUGAUAAAUGGAGGGAAGAUGUGGAUUACGUCGGGCAGCCAGGCGGACUGGAUGUGCAUGCUGGCCAACACGAGUGCCGGGCCCCCGCAUAAGAACAAGUCGCUGAUAUGUGUGCCCAUGGAUCGCUCAGGUGUGCAUGUAGCCAAAAAUCUGGACAAGAUUGGCAUGCAUUCUUCUGACACGGCACAGAUAUUCUUUGAGGACGUUCGUGUGCCAGCCAAAUUCUGCAUUGGGGAAGAGGGAAAGGGCUUCACCUACCAGAUGCUGCAGUUCCAGCAGGAGCGGCUGUGGGCAACGGCAAACAUCUUGCAUCCGAUGGAGGUGGUGAUACAGGAGACAAUAGAGUACACGCGGAGUCGUCAGGCUUUUGGGCAGCCGAUCCUCAACAACCAGAUGGUGCAUUUCCGUCUCGCGGAGCUCCAGACUGAAGUGGAGUUGCUGCGCUCACUGCUCCACCGUGCUGUGGAUCUCUACGUGCAGGGCCACGAUGUGACCAAGCUGGCGUCCAUGGCCAAGCUGAAGGCUGGUCGCCUGGUGCGCGAGCUCACCGACGCGUGCCUGCAGUUCUGGGGCGGCAUGGGCUUCACCAAUGAGGUUUACGUGAGCCGUCUCUUCAGGGAUGGCAGAUUAGUUUCUAUUGGUGGUGGUACUGAUGAAGUUAUGCUCUCCAUCAUCUGUAAGUACAUGGGAACCCUACCGGGCAAGUAGGAACACAGCAAUCAAGACCUCACAUGGGCUCCAUCGCAAAAAUACUGAUGAAAAUGUAUUGUACCCAUAACCAAAUAUAAGCAAACAUCUUGGAGAGCAGUUUUGUUUUAAGCCCAGGAAACCCUGUAAUAACAGCCUUUCCCUGGGUGGUAUAAUGUGACUCAGCACCGACCUGCAAGUGGCCAUUUGUGUACCAGUAAGGGGAAGAUGUUUGCAUGUAUACAGUGAAACCUUGGAUUGCGAGCAUAAUUCGUUCCGGAAACCUGCUUGUAAUCCAAAGCACUCGUAUAUCAAAGCGAAUUUCCCCAUAAGAAAUAAUGGAAACUCAGAUGAUUCGUUCCACA